UCGCGCACUUCCGGGUGUCACGCGCCAGCGGAGUAACUGCCAUUGAAAUGCCAUAUCAAUCUCUCCAUAUAUUAUAGAAGACGAGAGGAAAGCUGGCGUAACGUUUCCAGGUGAAGAAAGUGAACAGUGCGAGUGACACUAUUGUAAAGAUGGAGUUUAUUAAAGAGGAGAGUGAAGACGAGUGAUGCAGAAACUGAGGAACAGAGAGACUUGAUGGAAGUGAAAGUGGAGUGUGAAGAACUGAAUGUAGUGGAGGAGGAUCAUCAGUAUCAGAGACCUCAGAAGGUCAUAAUGGGAGAAAAGUCAUCACAGUCCGAAAGCGAUUUCUCCCAGAAAAGAACAGGAGCCAAAAAACCACCAUUCAUCUGUCCUCAGUGUGGGAAGUGUUUCACACUCAAAGUGAACCUUGAAAGCCACAUCAAAAUUCACACCGGAGAGCGUGAUUUCACCUGUCUGCAGUGCGGCAGUAGCUUCUUCAAAAACGCCGAUCUGAAGAGACACCUGCAAACACACACCGGAGAGAAGCCGUUCAGCUGCCCUCACUGCGGGAAGAGCUUCACACGCAAAGAGAGCCUGGAGAAUCACAUCCGGAUCCACACCGGAGAGAAGCCUUUCACCUGCCUACUGUGUGCCAAGAGCUUCAUACACAAAGGACACUUUAAGAACCAUAUGCGCAUUCACUCCGGAGAGCGUCCGUUCACGUGUCAUGAGUGUGGGAAGAGCUUCACGCAGGCCACCGUCCUCAAAAACCACCAGCACUCGCACUCGGGAGAGAGACCGUUCAGCUGCGGCCAGUGCGGUAAAAGCUUCAUUUCAGCGAAGCACCUGAAGAUCCACCAGAAAAUUCACCAGAAGCUUUUCUUGUGCUCUUUCUGUGGAAAGAUGUUCUCACAGCUGGGCUACCUGAAAGAGCACCAGAAAAUACACAGCGGCGAGAAAGUUCACAUGUGCUCGGUGUGCGGGAACAGCUUCUCUAGAGCCAAAUAUCUGAAAGAGCAUCAGAAGGUCCAUACGGGAGAGAAACCCUACAAGUGCUCACACUGUGACAAGAGCUUCAGUCAGUCAGGGAACCUGAAAAUACACGAGAGAGUUCACACCGGAGAGAAGCCGCACCGCUGCCCGCCAUGUGGAAGGAGUUUCGUCACAUCCAGCGCUCUGCUGUCUCAUCGAAGGAAAUGUCGCCAAAAGUUGUCGUAGAGAGCAAGAGUCAAUAGUGUGAAAUUAAGAUGAACUGAAGUGUCAUUGUGCAAGAUCAUUUGCUUCUACAUCUUUGUGCACAGCUACAUAAAACAUGUUAACUGUGUGUAAUGGCAUUCGUUUCCAUCCACCUAUUUAUAUGUGAAUUUUGGGAUAUUGCAAUAAAAAACGCUGGAUGGAAAUGCCAAGAUGCGCUUAAAUUCUAAAAAUGUGCAUAAAAAACAUGAGCUCAACUGAGGUGGAUAAUUGUUGUUUUUUUCCGAUAAGAAGACUACGAUGGAAGCUACGAUGGAAACACAUUUAUUGAAUAAAUCCCUCGAUAUGCAACAAAAGCUCACAUGACUUUGCCUCAACAGAGGCUGUGAUUGGAUAACUGGACUAACCGCAAUCGCAUCUCAAAUGUUGGUUUGGUGGUUUUGAAAUGCCUGAGCCAAAGUCUGUCAUCAGAAUGAUUUGGUUUUGGUUAUGGUUUAAUUCCCUCCUUUUUUUUUUUUUUUUUUUUUGCUAUAUUCCAUUUUUGCACAUUAGCUAUUUAACUUAUGUUUAACAUAAAUCUAUUAUUUCUCCAUGCAUAGCCUUAACAAAUCAAGUGUAUACACUGUAAAAAAUGAAUGUGAUUUUAACAGUAAAAUAUUGUAAAAACGCUACGGAAAAAAAUUGUAAAUAGGUUAACAGUAAGUUCCCGUACUAUAUACAGGGAAAACUGUAAAAGCUCUUACCAGACAUUUUAUGUAAUUUUCACAGUAAAAUGCUGCAAAUUUUACACUUUUUAGAAGUAAAAAAGAACAAAUCAAUGUAUAAUUUACAGUCAAAAACUGUAAACUGAUAUUCCCACAAUCCCCUGUGUGACACUCCACAUUUGAAAGUAUUUUGUUUAAAAAAUCAUGUUUCUUAAUAGUUUUUGUUAUCAGUUAUGUACAUUAUGGUUUUAUGUUACAUCUUCUGUUGUUUAAUGAAUGUUUAUUGCAUUAUGUAAGUGUUGUGGGUUACCAUGAUGGUGUUUUGCGUUUGCGUGAAUGACUCUUUGCACCCUCUUUACAUUAGUAUGUACUUCAGCUAGUGGAAAAGCUAUUUGUGAUGAACUCUGAUUCUUCAUGUGGCUUUCUCUUUUAGCACCUGCAUUAUUAUGGUGGUUGUCAGUAUAUGUUAAAGGUACAAAACAGAUUUUAGUAGUAGUGUGCAUUGUUGAAUUUACUUGUUUACAUUCAAAUUUUCUUGUUUGUAAAUGACAGUUUGUUCUGUAAAUGUGUUUACAGUUUUUUCUGUAUUUUUUACAAAAUUAUUCUAGCAACCACAGCUGCCAAAAUUAUUUUGUAAAAACUACGGAAUAUUUUUUACAGUGUAAUGUUAGCUUGUGAGAGGCGGUGAAUGGAAAAUAUGUGCAGUGAGAAUGUGAGGAGAUCAGAAUGGAAGCCUAACAAGUCAACAAUACACAAAUUGUGUAUUAAAUCAGUCAAGCUUGGGCAUGUUCA